AUGUUCGACUGUAAACGGAUAGAUGACAUGCUUGAGAAGUAUUACCUGUCUCCAUUUUACGCUGUUGAGUUUUGUAUAGGUUUUUCAGGAAAUUUACUAGUCAUACUUGGAUACAUCUUUUGUUUGCCCAAAUGGAAAAGUUGCAACAUUUACCUGUUCAACAUGGCAGUUUCUGAUCUUAUUUUCCUGUGUACAUUCCCACACCUCACAUACCUCUACUCACAUGACCAAUCAGAAACCAGUCCUUACGCUUGUGUAAUUAACCGCUAUGUCCUGCAUGUCAACCUCUAUUCAUCUAUUCUCUUUAUGGUGUGGGUGAGCAUGGAUCGCUUCCUAUUGAUAAAACAUCCAAGUUGUAAUCAUAUUCUCCUGAAGCCACGUGCAGCCCUCAUGUUGACCGGACUGAGCUGGCUCAUUGUCAAUGCUGAAGUGGCACCUAUGAUUGACCUGAUGGUCCAGGAUCUACAGAGCAGGAAUUCCAGCCACUGCAAAGACUUUGCCAGUCUGAAAGGAGAUAUUGAUAAUUUAGGAUAUAGUCUGGGGCUGACCUUGUUUGGAUAUCUUUUGCCUUUAAUUGGACUUUGCAUAUUCUCUUACAAGAUUUCAUUUCUACUUCGUUUACAAGACAGGAUACUACCAAACAGGAACACUUCUUACAAACGGCCUCUUAAAGUUUCUACUUCUGCUACAGUGAUCUUUCUAGUACUCUACACUCCUUACCAUGUGAUGAGGAAUGUCAGGAUCGCCUCUCAAAAGCCCUGGGCAAACCUGGAGCUCUGUAACAAAAUGUACAUUGAAGCAAUGUACAUCAUAACACGACCUUUGGCCUUUUUACACAGUGUAAUAAACCCCAUCUUCUACUUUUUGAUGGGGGAUAAAUUCAGAGACCUGCUGUUCACAAAGUUCAGGCUACUGCUGACAAAGACCGAACAGCAACAAGAACCAACUUAA